UCCCUCGUAGUCUCACCGAAUCCAUUUCUUCUUCCUAAGCUGGCGUCCGAAUAAAUCUUGUGAUUUCAGAGUUCGCCAUUUCCAUAUCAGAUCUUCUCUUCUCUCUUUUGGAUUCCAUUCUUCGCUCGAGUACUCUCGUCCAAGGCAGGUUCUUCCUUCACUUUAUGCUUCACAAGCGAGCUGGUGAAGCAUCUGUUGUAGAGGAAAACAGCGAUAAGAGCAAGAAUUCGGCAUCUCCAUCGCCGCCGAUCAAGAGACGCCGGAUCGAGAUCACCGAGAAGUCUUCCGCGGUUUUCGAUUGUAAUACGAGCUCCGACUCCGGCAGCGGUAGCGUCGAGCCGCGGCUCAACGACAUGGCUUUCGGUAACUCGAACCGUCAGGAGAUCGAUGAGGAUCUCCACAGCCGGCAGCUCGCGGUCUACGGGCGUGAGACCAUGAGGCGGCUUUUUGCUUCCAACGUUCUCGUCUCCGGGAUGCAGGGUCUUGGUGCCGAGAUAGCCAAGAAUCUUAUUCUUGCUGGUGUGAAGUCGGUGACCCUGCACGAUGAAGGCAUCGUUGAGCUAUGGGACUUAUCCAGUAACUUUGUUUUUUCGGAGGAUGAUGUUGGUAAGAACAGGGCACUUGCUUCAGUUCAGAAAUUACAAGAACUAAACAAUGCAGUGGUUGUCUCUACCUUGACGACAAGCCUAGCCAAAGAGAACCUUUCUGAUUACCAGGUUGUUGUAUUCACUGAUAUCAGAUUCGAGAAAGCCAUUGAAUUUGAUGAUUACUGCCACAGUCAUCAGCCUCCUAUCUCCUUCAUCAAGGCUGAUGUCAGAGGUCUUUUUGGUUCUGUAUUUUGUGAUUUUGGGCCCGAGUUUACAGUUCUUGAUGUGGAUGGAGAGGAACCCCACACAGGCAUCAUUGCCUCCAUCACCAAUGAGAAUCCUGCAUUUGUUUCUUGUGUUGAUGAUGAGAGACUUGAAUUUCAAGAUGGGGAUUUAGUUGUUUUCUCUGAAGUUGAGGGAAUGGCAGAAUUGAAUGAUGGAAAGCCGAGGAAGAUAAAAUCUGCGAAGCCAUAUGCAUUUAUCCUUGAUGAGGACACCACUGGUUAUGGCACAUAUGUGAAGGGUGGUAUUGUCACUCAGGUGAAGCAGCCUAAGGUGCUGCACUUUAAACCGCUGAGGGAAGCACUUGGAGAUCCAGGAGAUUUUCUUCUUAGUGAUUUCUCAAAGUUUGAUCGCCCUCCCCUCCUCCACUUAGCUUUCCAGGCACUUGAUAGAUUUUGUUCUGAAUCUGGUCGAUUCCCUGUUGCUGGCUCCGAAGAGGAUGCUCAGAAAUUGAUAUCUAUUGCAGCUAACAUCAAUAGUGAACUGGGUGAUGUGAAGUUGGAAGAUAUUAACCCUAAACUCCUACGACACUUUGCCUUUGGUGCCAGGGCUGUCUUGAACCCCAUGGCUGCUAUGUUUGGUGGCAUUGUAGGCCAGGAGGUUGUUAAAGCUUGCUCUGGGAAAUUUCACCCUCUCCAUCAGUUCUUUUACUUUGAUUCCGUGGAGUCACUCCCUACUGGCCCUCUGGAUCCAGAUGACUUUAAACCACGUAACUGCCGAUAUGAUGCUCAAAUUUCUGUAUUCGGUGCUAAGCUCCAGCAGAAACUCGAGGAUGCUAACGCCUUCAUAAUAGGGUCUGGUGCUCUUGGUUGUGAGUUCUUGAAAAACAUGGCUCUGAUGGGGGUUUCUUGUGGAAGCCAAGGGAAACUAACGGUAACGGAUGAUGAUGUAAUUGAGAAGAGUAACCUCAGUCGUCAAUUUCUCUUCCGCGACUGGAACAUUGGACAGGCUAAAUCUACGGUGGCAGCAUCUGCUGCAGCAGCCAUAAAUCCCCGCUUCAAUGUUGAGGCUCUUCAAAACCGCGUCGGCCCUGAGACCGAGAAUGUCUUUGACGAUGCCUUCUGGGAGAAUCUCACCGUCGUGAUUAAUGCGUUGGAUAAUGUCAAUGCGAGACUCUAUGUUGAUUCAAGAUGCUUGUAUUUCCAGAAGCCUCUUCUUGAGUCUGGAACUUUGGGUGCAAAGUGCAACACGCAGAUGGUUAUCCCACACCUAACAGAAAAUUAUGGCGCUUCAAGGGACCCGCCAGAGAGACAGGCGCCAAUGUGUACGGUGCAUUCAUUUCCUCACAACAUUGAUCACUGCCUGACCUGGGCUCGCUCUGAAUUCGAGGGUCUGCUUGAAAAGACUCCUGCUGAAGUAAACGCAUUUCUCUCAAACCCGGAUGAGUACACAAACUCAAUGAUUAGCGCUGGUGAUGCUCAGGCCAGGGACACUCUCGAGCACAUUCUCGAGUGCCUUGAGAGGGAGAAGUGCGAAACCUUCCAAGACUGCAUAACCUGGGCUCGUCUGAGGUUUGAGGAUUACUUUGUGAACCGUGUCAAGCAGUUGAUUUACACAUUCCCUGAAGACGCUGCCACGAGUACCGGGGCUCCAUUCUGGUCCGCCCCUAAAAGAUUCCCACGCCCGCUUCAGUUCUCCUCGUCUGACCCGAGCCACCUUAACUUUGUUUUGGCAGCCGCUAUUUUACGCUCAGAGACGUUUGGGAUCCCUGUUCCGGACUGGGUCAAGAGCCCAAAAGAAGUAGCUGAAGCUGUUGACAAAGUGAUAGUUCCUGACUUCCAGCCAAAGAAAGACGCAAAGAUUGUGACUGAUGAGAAGGCCACCACUCUGUCCACAGCUUCCGUGGAUGAUGCGGCUGUCAUCAAUGAACUCAUCGCAAAACUCGAGAAGUGUAAGCGGAGCUUGCUUCCAGACUUCAGGAUGAAACCAAUUCAGUUCGAAAAGGAUGACGAUACGAACUACCACAUGGAUAUGAUAGCAGGGCUGGCCAACAUGAGGGCGAGGAACUACAGCAUUCCGGAGGUGGACAAACUGAAAGCCAAGUUUAUAGCUGGGAGAAUCAUCCCGGCCAUAGCGACCUCGACGGCCAUGGCGACAGGCCUUGUCUGCCUCGAGCUUUACAAGGUAUUGGACGGAGGGGAACACAAAGUAGAGGACUACAGGAACACGUUUGCCAACCUGGCGCUGCCGCUGUUCUCAAUGGCGGAGCCGGUGCCGCCGAAAGUGGUGAAACACAGGGACAUGGCGUGGACCGUGUGGGACAGGUGGAGGCUGGAGGGAAACCCGACACUGAGGGAGCUGCUCAAGUGGCUGGGGGGCAAAGGCCUCGAUGCAUACAGCAUCUCGUGCGGAAGCUGCCUUCUGUUCAACAGCAUGUUCCCAAGGCACAAGGAGAGGAUGGACAGGAAGGUGGUGGAUCUUGCCCGGGAUGUUGCCAAGGUCGAGCUCCCUCCCUACCGUCGCCACCUGGACGUCGUGGUGGCAUGUGAGGACGAGGACGGCAAUGAUGUCGAUAUUCCCCUCGUCUCUGUCUACUUCCGGUGAAAAAUUAUUUACCCCGAAAGAGGAGAGAGAUGGAGAGGGGAAAUUUGUCGGAAUCGAGCGUUUGUGCUUUGUUUGUUGUUUCAUCGGCCCGCAUUGUUGUUUGGGU